CGCUGCGGCGGCCCCGGUUCCCGGCGGCCCUCGCGGCAGGUUCCGGCAUCGGGACAGUUCGCGAUGGCAGGGGCAGGUUCCGCCGCUGUGUCAGGCGCAGGGACCCCGGUGGCGGGGCCCACAGGCCGCGACCUCUUCGCCGAAGGGCUCCUGGAGUUCCUGCGGCCCGCUGUGCAGCAGCUCGACUCUCACGUCCACGCCGUCAGAGAGAGCCAAGUAGAGCUCCGGGAACAGAUUGACAACCUGGCCACAGAACUGUGCCGGAUCAACGAGGAUCAGAAGGUGGCCCUGGAUCUCGACCCCUAUGUCAAGAAGCUACUUAAUGCCCGGCGACGCGUUGUCUUGGUCAAUAAUAUUCUACAGAAUGCUCAGGAGCGGCUGAGGCGGCUAAACCACAGUGUUGCCAAGGAAACAGCCCGCAGGAGAGCAAUGCUGGAUUCAGGAGUUUAUCCCUCUGGUUCCCCAAGCAAAUAACAGGACAGAAGAUGAGCCCAUGGUCUCAGAGUAGCACAAGUACUGGUCCCCAGCUGCCUGGUUUCAACAGACAUGCAAAGAUUCCAGGAGACAAUCCCUGCACUUUUGAAUAUUAGAAUGGCAGUCCUGUUAUUUGAGGCACUUAGUCUUAUCCAUUUAUGUAGGGGCCCCAAGAAAACUACACACAGCCAGACUGAGGUUCCAAAAGGACUUGCAUUAAUUAUGGCUCUCGCUUCCUUCCACAAAUAAGGUCUGUUUUUUGAAAAGCUACAUACUUGAGGCCUGCCUUUUUCAGGCCUCAUUAACCAGAGUGGGCUUCAUUAUGUGCCUGGUUAUGUGGGCCUGGGCAGCAUAUCCUCUACCUGUGACCUCGUUUUUCUGUUUACACUGAGGACUUGGAGGAGAAGGCAGGCAAAGUCCAGGUGAAGGAACUCUGUCGACCUUUUUUUCUAAUUGCACUGGCUUGAAUACAGUAGCAGUGUUGCUAGAACCAUUUAAUUCAAUAAAUACUUUAACAGUA